UCCUGUUGUCACCACACCUCUGGAUUAGUUGUUUGAGCUCGCUGUGCACGGUGGAAACUCUUAAGGCUCGGCGAAGUAAAUCAUUCUUCUUGUGAAUGUGACACACAUUCUGUCUAGUUUCCACAUGCUGAAAUUGUAUUUGUUCAUCAGUUUGAUGUGCUUGGUGCGCUCAGACACAGAUGAACCAUGUCCUUCAUUCACCAGACUGAGCUUUCACAGUGCAGUGGUUGGCACGGGACUAAACGUGAAGCUGAUGCUGUACACAAGGAAAAACCUGACCUGUGCACAAGCCGUCAGCCCCACAGAUUUGGGGAGCUUGAAUGUGACCAAGAAAACCACCUUCAUUGUCCAUGGAUUUAGGCCAACAGGCUCCCCUCCAGUUUGGAUAGGGGACUUAGUAGAGGGUUUGCUCUUUGUAGAAGACAUGAACGUGGUUGUCGUUGAUUGGAAUCGAGGAGCUACAACUGUAAUAUACAGCCAUGCAGCUGGCAAGUCCAAAAACGUAGCUGUAGUCUUGAAGGAAUUUAUCGACCAGAUGUUGGCAAACGGAGCUUCUCUUGACAACAUUUACAUGAUUGGAGUAAGUCUAGGAGCCCACAUAGCCGGGUUUGUUGGAGAGAUGUACGACGGGCAGCUGGGGAGAAUUACAGGUCUCGACCCUGCGGGCCCUCUAUUCAAUGGGAGGCCUCCCCAGGAUAGAUUGGAUCCGAGUGACGCACAGUUCGUUGAUGUCAUCCAUUCCGACACUGAUGCACUGGGCUACAGAGAACCAUUAGGAAAUAUAGACUUCUACCCAAAUGGAGGAGCGGAUCAACCUGGUUGUCCCCAAACAAUAUUUGGAGGAUUGCAGUAUUUUAAAUGUGACCACCAGAGGUCUAUGUACCUGUACCUGUCUUCCUUGAGAGAGAACUGCACUAUCACUGCAUAUCCCUGUGACUCCUACCGGGAUUAUAGGAAUGGCAAGUGUGUCAGUUGCCUCACACCACAAAAGGAGUCCUGUCCCCUCCUGGGCUAUUAUGCUGAUCAUUGGAAAGACUAUUUAAAGGAGAAAGAUCCCCCAAUGACUAAGGCAUUCUUUGACACAGCUGAGGAGAAGCCAUUCUGCAUGUAUCAUUACUUUGUGGAUAUUCUAACUUGGAACAAGAACAUAAGAAGAGGAGACAUUACAAUCAAAUUGAGAGACAAAGCUGGAAACAUCACAGAAUCCAAAAUCAAUCAUGAACCUGCCACAUUUCAGAAAUAUCACCAAGUGAGUCUACUUGCAAGAUUUAACCAAGAUCUGGAUAAAGUGGCAGCAAUAUCCUUGAUGUUCUCUACAGGAUCUAUAGUAGGCCCCAAGUACAAACUCAGGAUUCUGCGAAUGAAGUUAAGGUCCCUGGCCCAUCCUGAAAGGCCCCAGUUGUGCCGGUAUGAUCUUGUCCUGAUGGAAAACGUUGAAACAGUCUUCCAACCUAUUCUUUGCCCAAAGCUGCAGAUGUAACCAUUGCCAGGACAUGUGGGCACCCGUAAUAUCAAGAAAGCCACCACUACAGGCUGUUUUAAAGCUUCGCCUCACCUUAUCAUCAAGGCACAAAAAGUACAGAAAAACCAAGGUUUUUUCCAGUAGCGUCCUAUGGAUGUCACAUUGCACAACGUCAAACAACCUCGUGGUUAUGAAAGGAUCCUAGGAGGGGAGCCCCUAACUAGGGCAAGUCAGAAAUAGCCGGGCUCGCAGCAGCCGGGCGCUGUCUCUGCCGCGUCCUGGGGCCUCGUUUGUUCUGACCUGUCGAAGCUGGCUGUCACACAGGCGGUUCUGCCCAGCACGGCUGCAGGUCAAGCAUCUUAGAGAGAGAGACGGGCUGGAGGCCUCACUUUGGACUGGACUCCACAUCCCUGUGCUAAAUUCCUCCAGUCCCCACCUGGGCAGGGGAGUGAAACUGACCUACCUCGCAGGGCUGUUGUGUGGGGUUGGGAGGAAAGUCUAUGAAGGGUUUUUUGAAAUCCCAUGGGUGCCACAUCUGUGAGAUGUUUGGUAAAUGUGAAUAUGCUUUUAUUUAUUUUCAUAGGGCUUAUAUAAUGUGCAAAAAGAGAGCCUCUCCUUAUUAACGCCAGCUUCUCUCUUGGGCUAUUUGCUCUGGGAUGGCAAGGAAGCCACAUUCUGGCUUCCCAUCUUCUCUAAAGAGGAACAGAGGAGUGGGGGAGGCAGGGAGGGACUAGGUCCUAUGUGAAUCAGGGAAGGGCAGGGCAGCAGUGAGGGGGCCUCACAGUGACAGGGGGUGCAGCAAGAGGCAGGAGAGGAAAAAGCAGAGCUUGUUUUUUACCUAAAGUGAAGAAGGCUCACUUGCCAGGCAACUCUCUUUUUUUGAGACAGUCUCACUCUAUCACCCUGGAUAGAGUGCCGUGGCGUCAUCAUAGCUCAC